AUGGAAGCCCACGACGAAGAGCCGGCGGAGUUGGACGCGCUCAAGAGGCGUCUGCAAAUACCCGUGCAGUUCGACACGACGACUCUCGACGCCGACAGUCGAGUGAGCCGAAUGCUGGACAACCUGAUGCGAGCUCUUGCGGCAGACGGCCAAGAGUGGAUGCUACAUAAGAAGGCAAUCAAGCCUGCGCCACUGCAAGUUGCGGUUACAAAACAGUUACUAUUGCAGCGAAACAAGGUCCUCAAGGCUGACGUGUUUCGUUUCAUCAAGUGGCUGCAGCAGUUCGCCGCUGGGUACCAGCCCUACGGUGUGGACAACCCGCCAAGGCACCAGUAG